AUGGCUACCUGGCCACCAAAUGCGGCAGCAUUUGCAAAGAUCAAAGGGCCCCCAGAAGAUGAGGCUGAUCCACCGGAGCCUGACUCCACGAGGUCCCCGGAACCGGGUCCGGACUCGCUUCCAGAAUCGGAGCGAGACUCGACAUUCGAAGCACCGGAAGAGUUGAGUGAACCGGAUUCGACAGCCUCACAGAAAUCCAAAGGCAAGUCCAAAAGCAAAAGACAGAAGAAACAGAAGGUGAAGAAGCAAGAUAGGCAGGCAUCAGCAAUAUCGAAGCCUUCUCCAGAACCAUCAGAAAGCCCUACCCAUGCGCCUGCGGGACUUCGCUCCUCGGAAGACAUGACCAGAUUAGUGACUCCGCAUUCCAACUUUGUAAAGCUUCAGUCAUUUCUGGCCAAGGAGCAGGAGAACCCUGGCUGGGUGACCCGCAUCGAAAGAAUCAUGAGGUCCACAAAGUACGAUGUCUCCACUGGAGCCAUCAUCAUGGCAGAUGUCGGACUCAACUGGAUGGACAUUGAUAUCAGGGCAUCGGGUGAAAACACACCCACCUGGCUAGAGGUUUGUGCGACGGUAUGUUUAGUCAUCUACUCCGUGGAAAUGCUGACCGUCACUAUACUUCGUGGUCGACGAGUUUUUCAAGAUCGAUGGUUUGCACUGGAUAUCGUAAUUGUCGGAUCUGGCUUUUUGCAGCUUUUCCUGAGUGCCAUCGGCAUCUCUUUAGAUGAGGUUGCCCUCUUGCGGGUUUUGAGAGUAGUUCGCAUCAUGAGGCUCUUUCGCCUAUUCCGCAAAUUUCGCUUCCUCAAGGAGCUCAGGAAGCUCUUGAAGAUGACGGGGCUAUGUUUUAAGACCCUCUGCUGGUCUUUCCUAUUUUGCUUCGUUAUCAUGACCUCUUGGGCGAUGCUAGCUGUGGAGUUGCUGAGCCCGUAUAUGUCAGACAUGAUUGAGACAGGAAUUUGGAAGGACUGCAAGUUCUGCGAGAAUUCUUUGCAGUCAGUGCUGAAUGCCAAUCUUCUAAUCUUCAAGACCGUGGUUGCUGGUGACAGUUGGGGCGAUGUUGCAGUGCCAUUGAUCGAACAUCACCCAUGGCUUGCCACUGGAAUAUUUGUCGGCUCUCACCUUACCAUUGUCUUUGGCGUGCUCAACUUGGUAGUUGCAGCGGUGGUGGACACAUUCGCAGAACAGAGAAUGCGAGACGUGACCACCAUGGCCAUGGAAAUGGAUGAAGAUGCUGAAGAAGAUUUACGAGACCUGGACCGGAUGUUCCUUCAGAUUGAUGCGAACAAUGAUGGGACAUUGACUUUCGAUGAACUCCUGGAAGGUGCGAUGAAAGUGCGAGAGUUUCAAAACCGGUUGCGGGUCAUGGACAUAGACCAGAACGACUUGCAGCAGCUCUUUCUGAUGCUGGACCAUGACGGUGGUGGAACCAUUGAUCCCGACGAGUUCAAGAAAACCUUGUCAAGAUGGGCUUUCGACUCCAAGACGACUACGCGCUUCGUCCGCUACAACUUGCAGCAGUUGAUGAAUGAUCAUCAAACUGCUGCAACGAAGAUAGCGAAGAUGGAAGCACGUCUUGAAGCGGCCAUCUCAUCUACAGAACGCCAUGUGCACCAUCGACAGCAAAUAGAGCGCCGCAAGAAGAGGGGCCGCACAUCAGCAGGUCGAGCAGGCGAAUUGGGUCACCAACACUGUGAGAUGCAGUCAUCGUCCAUAGCGGUAAAUUAG